AUGCCGACCAAACACUACGCCGCUCUGUUGUCGCCAACCCACUGGGCGGGAGUAAUUUUCAACUUCUACUAUAGGCUCGUCCAGCAUGCCAUUAUCUGGCUGUUCAAACCACCACCGCCGCCAGGUCCAGAAUACCCCAAGAACCCCAAGGGCAGGAUAGCAAUCAUCGGCGCCGGUCUUACGGGUGUUUCAAGUGCCGCGCAUGCUAUCGCACAUGGCUUCGACGUCGUUAUAUAUGAGCAGGGGGACUCUGUCGGCGGCAUCUGGGCGCACGUCAACAAGACGUCUGGCCUUCAACUCAACUCCCUUCUGUACCGGUUUCACCCUGCCGUGCUUUGGUCAAAGUCGUUUCCUCGACGCGACGAGAUUCUCAGCGAAAUCCGCAGGAUAUGGAAGGAAUACCAGCUCGAGCCCCGGACUCGCUUCAACACACCUGUAAAGUCGGUGCGCCGCGUGAAAGGCACAGGCGAGCACCUUCAAGCAGACCCCUCUGGCUCGCAGUCGCGCUGGAUCGUGAACGAUGGCGAGGACGGCGAAUUCGACGCGGUCGUCGCUACUGUGGGCACAUGCGGAGAGCCCAUGCGCAUCAACUUCCCCGGGCUGCCCUCGUCGGAUGGAGACGCAUCGGAGAACGGAAAAGACGGAAAGCAUGAAGGCAAGGAGGAAGGCGAAGUAUACGAGGGCGAGGUCAUCCAUUCUUCUGAACUCGACGACGCCGCGCUCGAGGGGAAGCAGGUCCUGGUCAUUGGCAGCGGCGCGAGCGGAGUCGAGGCUGUUGAGACAGCUCUCUCCUUGGGCGCAAAAGAGUGCGUGAUGGUAGCGCGCGACGACAAGUGGAUCAUCCCUAGGAACAUGAUCAUCGACACGCUCAUCUCCGCUCAGCCGUUCGGGCGCGAGAUGCCGCUCUCGUUUAUCUGGGAGAAGAUUGUCGCGUUGUGGAACUACCGCGGCGCUCCUGAGCUCGUUCCCGCCCGCGCAGGUCUAUUCGAAGGAACCCCUAUCGUGAACGACGAGUUCAUCGGACAUGUGAAGAAUGGGAAGUGCCAGUACGUCCGCGCGGAUAUCGAGCGCUUUACGAAGGCUGGCGUGCGCGUGAAGGUGCGCGGCCGUGAAGACAAGCCGGGUGAAGGCAAAGAGGAGAAGGAGUAUACCGGCGACGUGGUUGUGCUGGCGACUGGUUUCAAGAAGCCGACGAUCGACUUCUUUCAGGACGAAGUCUUCCCAGAAGGAUACGACCGUCCGAACCUGUACCUGCAAAAUUUCGCAACAGAGGACUGGUCUAUCCUCGCGACGAACUCUGCCUACCAAAACGCAAUCGGCACUGUUGGCCACUUCCACAUCGGCAUGUACAUGCGUAUCCUCCUUACGUUCCUCAUGGACCCAGACGCGCGCCCGACCCCAAAGGACAUGAAGCUCUGGGUCGACGUCAUUCGCUUCGUCAAGCGCGGCGCGCGCGGCGGCGCCCUCAGCUUCUUCACGUACGCGGAGCUCACGAUCUGGCUGCUGCUGUUCCACCUCUUCCGGCUGGACAGGCUGAAAUGGGUGUUCUUCAUUAUGCAGGGAUGGGGCGUGUAUCCAGAGGAGUACAAGCAUGCUAAGCGGUCUGCUGGGCAUGCGUAGUAAUGUAUCGUUAGCAUAUGUUUAUCAUAUAGAACGC